AGCGACAUCUCGUGCGCGCGCAGUUCAGAAUUCUCCCGGCACGCGCUCCUCGCCUCCUAGUCAGCCGGAGCCGAAAAAAUGGUGGCCAGCGCUCGAGUGCAGAAGCUCCUCCGACGAUAUAAACUAGCAAUUGCCGCCGCAUUGACUAUCCUUCUGAUCCAAGGGCUUGUGGUAUGGAGUCUGAGAAGUUUGGAAGAAGGCGAGGCGGAGAGAAAAAUACAACAGUCUAAGCUGCCUGACCACAACAGCCAGGACGCCAAGAGAGACACUGCACUUUGGGAUAAACAAAAGUCAGGGAGGAACAAGGGCAGAUGGAGUGGAAGGUUGGAGAGGACGGGUGGCACAGCAGCCAGUGCACUAAGGAGAGGAACCAGCCGCAAAGGAGAAAAGUCCAGCAUCAGGCACAAGUCUCCCCAGGAGCGGGGGAUGACAAGAACUGGAUUGGAUGGUGUGGUCCUCCAUGACCUGUCCAGCAGCCGUAACUUCAGCGACACCCGAGGAGUCACUGAUGGGGCGGCCAAGUUACCUGCUGCCGCCAUAGCUGGGGAGCCGGGCAGUGUGGACGGAGCACACCAAGCCCCCAGCAGUGACUUUGUGCCUAAAUGCGAUAUCAUAGGCAAGGAUGCGUUGUCUGCCCUUCAUCGCGCCGGCUCACAGCAGUGCAGACAGGAGAUUGCUAACAUUGUUUGUCAGCAUCAGGCCGGGCAGCUCAUGCCAGAUGCACUUCCUCAGUUCUGCCCACAGCUCGGUGUAUCUAAUCAGGUCCAGGCUGUUGGUGAGCUGGACAAUAGCCUGUCCAAAGUGGAGAACCCUGUCAGAGUGGCUUUCGUUCUGAUGGUACACGGUCGCGCUGUACGACAGCUCAAACGACUCAUCAAAGCCAUAUAUCACCGUGACCACUACUACUAUAUCCAUGUGGACAAGCGGUCCAGCUACAUGCACCGGGAGGUGCUUGAGAUAGCCCAGCAGUACCCAAACAUACGAGCCACGCCCUGGCGGAUGGUCACCAUCUGGGGUGGUGCCAGCCUACUGAAGGCCUACCUCCGCAGUAUGCAGGACCUGCUCUCCAUGCUGGACUGGAAGUGGGAUUUUUUCAUCAACCUAAGCGCCACAGACUUCCCCACCAGGACCAAUGAUGAACUGGUUGCGUUCCUGUCGCAGCAAAGAGACAAGAAUUUCCUCAAGUCCCACGGGAGAGAAAAUGCCCGGUUUAUUAAGAAGCAGGGCCUUGACCGUCUUUUCCACGAGUGUGACAACCACAUGUGGCGUCUCGGCGAACGCAGUAUCCCAGAAGGCCUGGAGGUCUCAGGCGGCUCUGAUUGGUUUGCGCUCACCCGCCGCUUUGUGGAGUACGUCAUCAACUCCCAGGAUGACCUGGUGUCGGGUCUGAAGCAGUUCUAUUCCUACGCUCUGCUCCCUGCUGAGUCUUUCUUCCACACGGUGCUCGGGAACAGUCAUAUGUGUGACACUCUGGUGGACAACAACCUGCGUGUCACCAACUGGAAUCGUAAGCUGGGCUGCAAAUGUCAGUACAAGCACAUUGUGGACUGGUGUGGCUGCUCUCCCAAUGAUUUCAAACCACAAGACCUCAUUCGGAUUCAGCAAUUGACCCGUCCGACAUUCUUUGCCCGUAAGUUUGAGUCAACAGUAAAUCAAGAGGCCAUAGACAUCCUGGACACUCACCUGUAUGGCCAGUACGCUCCAGGCACCGUUGCCAUUAAGGCGUACUGGGAGAGCCUGUUCGAGCAGUUGGAUGGCAUGGGCUCACUCAGUGACGUGGCUCUCACUGCUUACAUGUCUUUCUUUCGCCUGGGCCUCAGGAAUCUAGCAACUGUUCAGAGCAACACAGAGGCCUGCAGGUUCGAACCAGUAGGCUAUCCUCUAUCAGUACACUUGUACUUUUAUGACGACCGCUUCCAAGGAUACCUGGUGCGUCAGGAGGUCCAGGCUGUAGGUUCAAAGGUCAGGGAGACACUGGAGAUGUGGACAGUGCCCCAAGCCACUCUGAUCCUUGAGACAAACCUUAAAGAAUUUGAAAGGCUCAAAAAUCUGGAAAUCGGCACGGAGUGGGAUCCUAAAGAAAGAAUCUUUCGUAACUUUGGCGGGGUGGUCGGCCCUUUGAGUGAACCGCUGGCAGUCCAGAAGUGGGCACGCGGUCCCAAUCUCACAGCCACUAUUGUAUGGAUUGACCCGGCUCUGGUGGUUGCAGCUUCGUAUGACAUCACUGUGGAUGUGGAUGCGGAGUACACUCAGUACAAACCUCCGCUGCAGCGCCCGCUGCGGCCCGGUACCUGGACUGUACGGGUGUUAAAACAGUGGGAGCGCGUGGCAGAGGUUCGCUUCCUUGUCAUGCCCUUAACCUUCAAAGAUAAGGAACCACUACGCAAAGACGUGGACAGCUGGCUCCAUGCAGGCCCUCCAGGGAACCUGUACCUGGAGCAAAGCUUCCAGCAGUUGAGCUCUGUGCUGAAGCUACCUCCCCAGGAGUCUGCCAUGCAGGAGGCGCAGCGUAAGGCCCAGCUGGUGGGUCAACCCCUUGAAGCGUGGGUGGACAGCAGUGUAGCGAACUUCUGGGCUACAGGCGACCUGUGCGCCACACAGACUUCAUCUUGCCCAGCCAUGGGGCUUUGCUCCAAGACCUCCUGGAGUUCUUUGUCCCCUGACCCCAAAUCUGAACUGGGCCCAGUCAAAAAUGAUGGCCGCAUCAGGUAGCCCCAACAGAGGAGAGACUGUAGAUGAAUGUGCAGGAAGACUGAGGGAGCUGGACCUGCACCGGACAGCUCCAGGAGAACCUGUGUGAACCGGAUAUUGUCUCAGAGGUUGACGCAGACCUCAAGGGCACAUAAACAACAUGACAACUUAGUGCACUGAGCAGUUGAGAUAUUUUCAGUGCAGGGAUAAUACAGACUUUAAAAGAAGAGGAUACGACUGCUGGAAAUUUGCACAAAGUAAUUUGCAAGCGCAAAGACUUUUGUCAUUGUUUUCUGAAUGGUUACAUGUCAGAUGUAUUGUAUUGUUUUACUGGCACACAGAUUUUCAGUCUGAGCUUGUCAGGGUUCGAGUUUGAAAAGAAUCCUCUGCGCAUGUUUGAAUGCACAGCUUUCAGUUUGCCUCUGCUUUAAAAGAAUCAGGAAGCAGUUGUCAAAACUCAACAACGUGCUCCUUGCUGUGUUCUGUCUUCAUUUCAAGGGUGAACCUUUGAAUCUAAUUAUUGUGCUUAUUUUGAAGCAUUGUGGCGUAAGUAUAUGGAGCAGACAGAUGAAGUGCACUUUACUGUAAGAUUAUGUUACACGGAGAUCACUUGGUUACAGUGUGAGAAGUCAUGUAUAAGGUCACAUCACUUCAUUUUGCAGUAGGGCAAAUAGCUGCACUACGGUCACUCCCCUGCAGACACAUCACUAAAUACUUGGACUUACAACCUGUAUUAGGAGAAAAAAAUGAGCAAAGCAAGUGAGGGUUCUUAGGUUUGUAGUCUUAAGUCUUUUCUUUAAGUUCUGUUAACCGUGUCUUAACAUUUUUGAACAUGUGAUACUUUGUCAGUUUUGUGAACGUUCACAAUUCUUCCAUGAUAAAUGACAACAUCGACUCGAAACAUCUUGCUAUAGCUGAAACAUUCUGUGAGAAAUUGGCUCUCAAGCUGAGACUCUUUUGUCAGCUGUUGUUUCAAAGGUGAAAUCCCAUCAGUUUGGUGUGCUCUUGGCUCCAGAACUCUUAAAAACCAGUUUAGCAAGAUGAAGAAAAUUAGGAUAAAACUUUAAAGGAAUAAUUUUCUAAAUCGGGCGUUUGAUUCUGCUCUUGUGUGAAGCUACAUCCAAUAGCCAGCAGAGGGAAACAGCUCACCUGGCUUCCAAAUGUAAUAAAAUCAGCCGUAGCUCACUUGUUUAUUUAAUCUGUGCAAAAAAAGUGCCAUUUUACUGAUGCUUUUUCCUUGUUUGGGACUAACUAAUGUUAUUUAAAUAGUCCUUACCAAGAAAUGGUCUACAUACCCAUCAAUGAAACAGCAAUUUGUCAUUUUCACAAAUUUUGUCAGUGAGCUCUGCUGGUAGGAGGCUUUUGUUACUUUGGAACAGAGGAAGACUAACUCUUUCCUGUCUUUGUACAAGCCUAACUGCCUGCUGGUAGCCAUAACCACACAAACAUCUGCUCAUCUGUCCCUUGACAAGACAGCGAAUGUGCACAUAAAAUGACUAAAAUGUCUACCUUUUGUUUUAAAUGCAAGACUUUUAAUUUGUAAACUUGGUUUUACGUCCUGUGUGCCAGUUAGUAUGCAGUAUUAAUAGUGUGUGUGAAAGUGUGUGCUCUGUUUGCUUCAGAGGUUGGUUAUGGUUCACAUGUCAUUUCAUAAGGUCCAUCUAAUCUCCUAGUCCACCAACCAAGAGAACAGACCACUUUUUGUUUGUGUUUUUAUUUUCACAUGAUCAAGAGACUCUAAGCUGCCUUUACACACUUGAAAAGAUGAGCUGUUUACUAUGGGAUCAUAGCUUCCAGAGAUGUGCAAUGAAUACCUUUUUAGUUGACAGUGAAACCCCCUGUCUGUGUCUUAGUUUGCAAUUUAUUUCCAGUUUUAUGUGACCUUUUUAUGUUCUUAAAUAACAGCUGGCCACCAUAUGAGUUUUUAAGUGACCUUGUUUGACUUGCACAACACAGUUGCUUCAGUGAAGCCCCAGUUUUAUUGAUACGAGAGAGCAGAAUAAUCAGUGUAACAGAUGUUAUUUUUCUAUACUGUUUGAGAGGAAGUGUGUAUGUUGUCCAUUCAUCUCCAGUACCAGAUAAGACUAUUUAAAAAACAAAAAAAACAACAACAAAACCUGUCUGAUUAUGUUGUAUCUGGCCUGUUCAGUGCCGUCUGAAGCAGGCCUGAUUUCGGUGGGUGGGGGUGGCGGGUGGACUGUUGUCACCGUCCAUGCAGCAGUCCUGAGUCAUCCUGAACUUCGUGACUUUUAUCUGAGAGCUUCAGCCUGUCACUGAUUGCCUGUGGGGAGGCUGUAGGAUAAGCAUCGUGACUGAAGACUCAAUAAAAAAAACACACUUUAAUGAAGGUUGUUGUCA